AGCGAGCACACUGAUUGGUCGAUUACAUGCGGAGUCCUCAUACCUGGACACCCAUCCCGUGCUAAACGGCAGCAUUUCCACAGUAUGCGCUUGAUUAGGCUACUCAGUGAGAAAGGACCCCUUCUUAGACCACUCUUCAAGAGCCGCGCUCUUAUAAUGACAGCCCCAGAAAACUCGUUGAUUUCUAGCAAGGGAGGUGCUAUUACGCACCAAACGAGUGUCCUAUCCAAUUAUCUGUAAACCCGGCUUGUGUUGUAAUUGAAUCCUUAUUCCCCAACCGGUUGUUAUGGAUGGAGGUCGAGAGAGGGGUUAGUUAGUGCCUGUUGCUCUUUCCUGGUGCAGCAUGUUGCACGGGGGGUCUCUCGCUUUAUCAGUCCUCAGGAUGGGCAAGUUGGAGGGAUUGAGGACGCUGCGCCGCCAACAAGAAUAAUUCACUCGUUUUCGGAGAGACGACACGACUAGCGGAUAUCUUGGCUCCACCAUACAAUACGUUCGCCUGGGUCGAUAAUUUAGGCUAUUUUUAGGAGGAGUUUGCCUUUAUUACAUGUGAAGUUCUAUGCUGGAAUAUAAUUUUUAAUACGGAGUGUUUUCUUGUGUUUGGAGCGUUUUUGUGUGUGAAGAACCUGCAGAGCAACUUUUGGAACAUAUUACGCACACGCAGAGGAUGGUGUUUUACAUGUAGAGUGAAAGUUUCGCUCUGCGCUCUGUUGGGUCAUUAUUGUAUUACAUUUUUGUAUGUUUUCUGCUUUGCUAACUAUAUUCAAGAACAAAAUAGGUUUAAAGUCCUGGACUGCAGGAGAAAUGGCCAGCGAACUGAAACCACGGCUUUGUAUCAUGACAAAGAGUGAGAACGGGUAUGGGUUUCACUUGCACGGUGAGAAGGGGAAGAACGGCCAGUUCAUUCGCAAAGUUGAGCCCGCGUCGUCAGCCGAAGCUUCGGGGCUGCGCCCGGGGGACCGUGUCAUUGAGGUGAACGGGGGAAAUGUGGAGAAAGAUACGCACCAUCAAGUGGUGCAGAGGAUCAAGGCGGUGGAGCAUGAGACCAGGCUGCUGGUGGUAGACCGGGAGACGGACGAGUACCUCCGCAGCCUGCGCCUCGUCUGCACCGAGGAGAUGGCUGUCCGUCUGGGGGGACCCACCUCUGUGUCCCCUGCCUCACCCCCAGCCUCACCACCCCUCUCCUCGCCCCCGGCCUCCUCGCACACAGCCAAGAGAGAGAACGGCUCUGUGUCCAAGCUGCCCACUACCCUGACCAGAGAGGUACCCAAGCCUACGCGAAGGUCUCCGUCGCGGGCCGCCAAGAAGGAGGCUCUGGCCCAUGUUAAUGCCCAUGCCCAGGUGGCGCGGACACCAGUGGACCCAUCGGAGCUGUUCCCCAGGCUGUGCCAUCUGGUGCGGGCCGAGACUGGCUACGGCUUCAACCUGCACAGUGAGAAGUCCCGGCCGGGCCAGUACAUCCGCUCCCUGGACCCUGGGUCUCCAGCCGACCACGCCGGGCUCAGACCACAGGAUAGACUCAUAGAGGUGAAUGGGGUGAACGUGGAGGGCAUGCGUCAUGCGGAGGUCGUGGCCUUCGUAAAGAGAGGAGGAGAUGAGACCAGGCUGCUGGUGGUGGACCCUGACACAGACCAUCACUUUAAGAAGAUGGGCGUCACCCCAUUGGCCAGCCACGUUAAAGACUUUGACGGUCCGUCCAUAUCCAACGGCUCCCCCAGUCCUCAGAUCAACGGCAGCUUCACCAGCAGCUCCAUCCAGUCACACCACUCUGACCUGAGCAGUCCAGACAACAGCCUGCAGCUGGGAGAGGACGAGGCGAGCCGUCUGAUGGACCCGUUUGCUGAGAUCGGCCUGCUCCUGAGUCCCACUGCGGCUGAGGCCAAAGAGAAGGCCCACGCCAAGAGAGCCAAGAAGAGAGCCCCUCAGAUGGACUGGGACAAAAAACACCAGCUCUUCAGCAACUUCUGAACUUUUCUGCCAUCCAAUGAGAGAAGCAGAAAGACUGUCGAAUUUGACAUAUCUGAAACUUACCUUCAACAUUCCUACCCGUUAACCCACCACCACUACCACCCCACCACCACCACUACCACCCCACCACCACUACCACCACCACCCCACCACCACUACCACCCAAUCCAACAGAAGAUAAUAUGCAGAUAGAAUGUUGUUCUUUGAACGUUGGCCAUCCAACACCCACUCCCCCCUGCUUCCAAAAUGGACGGGAUGGAAUGAUGGACAUCUCAUCCUUUACCCCUCCUUCAAUCCUCCCUUCUUCCACCCUUCUCUAUACCCUCAUCCCACCCAGAGAGAGCUUGUCUGCUGGACUGAACUGGAAUAAGAGACUCAAGAUUACCAGCUUCUUCUGAAUCCUCCCGUCAUCAUCAGUCUUUCCCUAAACCAUCCAAUGUCCCUCCUCUUCUACCACUAACUCCCACCUCCUCUGAGGACUGCUCUGGAGAGAGGAGGCACUUCUUUUUGUAUUUAGAAAGUAGAAAAGCACCAUGAUAGGUGUUAGCCAGCCCAGCUAUAAGAAGUAUGGGGAAUGUGGACUAUGUGAGAUGUUUGUGAACACUGUGACCUGAUCUUAAACAUUGGGGUUUGUUUUGACCCUGUAAGAGAAGGAACGUACGCCCAAAGAUGGAUAAAACUCUUCCUCCCAUGAUCCUCCUGUGAUUUUAUUGUGUGAUCGAUGCGCCUCAGACUUCAAGGAUUCACUCACCAGGAAAAGCACAAACUGGAGGCUGAAUAGCACUGCUUCUGUAUCAUCUCUGUUUGUAUUUGUAUCAAAGCAUCUGUUUUCUCACAAUGUAAUAACAUUUCCACUUUGCUCCCUAUGCUGGAUAUGAACUGGUAUUCAUAGAUGGUGUUAACAAUGCAUAGACAAUCAAAAGCCUUACUCCACCCAUCCCUCCCUCUCAAUAUGAUAGCAUUUAAGAUACAUUGACUAAAUGCAUGCAUACGUGCACAACACAUAAGCCCCCUAUGAUUCUCUAGCCUAUAGGCCUGCUUCACUCAUUCUAAGGCAGUUUUAGUUUAUUUAAGGGACCCUUAUCUUUAUGACAUCAAUGACAUCCUCUCCACUAUUUCAUAUCUCAAUGUCCCCGACAUAGAAAUAGAAUUACUAGAAGGGGAAUUCCUCAAUCAAGUGAAUAGAUCAAGCGUUGAGUUUUUUACACUGCCUGUCUAGUACACCAGGGGGUGCUAAUAAGACACACGGCAACAUGAAGCCACUCCAGUACACUGCUCAGAGAUGUAUGAGGAUUGGGACAUGAAAGUACCAUAGCAGGAGAAGAUGGUCUGGGGAUGAUAUGACCACUUUAAAGAUGUAUGAGAUCUAUGUAACACCUUGUAACAUUUACGUAAAGCCUGCAGGUAUGUGUUAUUACUAGUUAUGAGUAUCUAUCAUGCUUUACCUGUUAUAAGCUAAUAUAAUGCUGCAUUACUUGCUAUGAGCAUGUAUAAUGCUAUAUUACUUGCUAUGAGCAUGUAUAAUGCUAUAUUACUUGCUAUGAGCAUGUAUAAUGCUAUAUUACUUGUUAUGAGCAUCUAUAAUGUUUUAUUACUUGCUAUGAGCAUCUAUAAUGCUGCAUUACUUGUUAUGAACAUCUAUAAUGCUGCAUUAAUUGUUAUGAACAUCUAUAAUGCUGCAUUACUUGUUAUGAACAUCUAUAAUGCUGCAUUACUUGUUAUGAACAUCUAUAAUGCUGCAUUACUUGUUAUGAACAUCUAUAAUGCUGCAUUACUUGUUAUGAACAUCUCCAUCUAUGAGCCGAACACCUUUAUAUGCAAAAGUAUAGAUAGAAAAUAAUGUAUGAAAUAACAAGAUGGAUAUUGUACGGGAUUGAAAGUGAGCCCAGCGUAUCAAAGAAAGCUUACAUCAUUCAGUGUUGAUGUGAUGUUGUGGUAAUGUUCUGCUCAUCUUGUGGUACAGUGAUGACAGACUGACAUAGUGCUUGUAUCAGCUACUCCAGACUGGGCUGUCUUUCUGUUUCACUUCAGAAGGGAAGGACACAGUUAUUUUUGUACAACAUGCCUGAAUGCUGUGGAUUGUGGAUCGGUUGUGGUAUCAGGGGCUUUGGUAUGUGAGUAUAGCCUGGUCGCAGAUCUAUUUGUGCGAUAUUGCCAACUCCUAUGGUCAUUAUCAAGAGGUGUCACACAACAAUAGCCAUAGGAGUUGGUAAGACAGCACAAACUGAUCUCGGACCAGGCUAUUCUGAGCUAUGGGGGCUAGGGGCUCUGAUCAGUGGGCCUGCCCAGUGGGGGCUAUGGUGGUGGGGCAGUGGGGUGUGUGGGAGAGGCCUAUCCUGGAGGUCAGACUCAGAGAUGCUCUAAUGAAUGAGACCAGGGGAGCAACAGGACUUACAGGAGAUUAGUCCUAGCAUAGGAUAGCAUGGGGACAGCUGUCCUGCACACAGACACACCCCAGACCAAACCACUGUCACGCCUCAUAGGGGGGUGAAGGUCAAGUUUAUCUUACUGUGUGUGUGUCAUCCACUGUUACGGAGGGUAAUCUCAGGUCCCCCCGGUCAUUCAUAUUGUGGUAGGAUCUACACAAAGGGAACACUCCCCAGACCAAACCACUGCUACAUCUCAUACGGGGGUGAAGGGAAAGUUUGUCUCUGUGUCAUCCAUUGUUACUAUUCACCCAGGGUCCGUAUAGUACUGAUCUAGGAUCAGUUUUGCCUUUUAGAUCAUAAUUAAUAAGAUUAUAUGGACAGGAGGGACCUGAUACUAGUUCAGCACUCCUACUCUGAGACGCUUUCUGAAUACGGGCCCAGGUCCCCCCUGGAGGUUCAUAUUGUGGUAGGGUCUGAAAUGCAGGUCCCUGGUUGGGCUCGGUCUGAGGUACAGGCCAGGGUCAGCUGUGCUAUGCGGCGCCGACACCACACUUAGGACGGAGAGAAAUGUCUGAUCUGUUUUCAUAUAUUGCACAAUUUAUUUUUGUUAAUACGCAUAUUGUCAUUACUAUUACUCAUAAUAGUACAGAUAAAACCAUUUUUAUUUCUCUGGUUUCCAUUUGUGAUCUAGCACCAAUGUGUUUGCAUAAGGGUUUUUACUAUUGGUCCAUAUGAUAAGCUGACCGUUAAACCCUGAGCAGAAUGGUAUAUGACCCAUGUAUAUUUACAUUUUAGUCAUUUGGCAGACGCUGUUAUCCAAAGCAGCUUAAAGGAGCAAUUUGGGGUUAAGUGCCUUGCUCAAAAGUCUGUUGACAGAUUUUUCACCUAGUUGGUUUGGAGAUUCCAACCAGUGACCUAUCGGUUACUGGCCCAAUGCGCUUAACCACUAGGCUACCUGCCUCCCUACAGUAUAUAUACAGCAGGUUGUAUUUUUUCAAUAAAGUUUGACAAUCUCCUUCUGGACUAUAUGACAUCA